AACAUCUGUACAAAGAAUACAUAAAAAAGGAAUCACUUCGAGCGAGACGGAACGAGGACGACGUGUGGCAGCUGCGGCUACAGCGAGGAAAAUGUACAGUAAAAUGAAUGGAUAUCCUUCGUCAUCCUUUCGAUCAAGUAGCGGCCGACUGUGGGGAAUGUCCCACUCGUUACCCUCCGGAAUGUCAAACUACCUGCAGGAUACUGACUUUUCAUCCUAUUCGCGGCCCCGACUGUACGGCGAUAUGCCGUCGAGCAGCACGUUCGGUGGUGGCAAUCCGUCGACACCGCACCAUCACCACCACCACCAUCACAAUCACCUCAGCCAGCCAGCGUCCCAUCAUCACACGUCCUCGUCCAGCACCAGCUCGCUGACCGGCAUGAACUUUGGUCCGGGGUCGUCCGGCACCGCCGGUACGAACCUGAUCGUCAACUAUCUACCGCAGGAUAUGACGGAGCGCGAAAUGUACUCGAUGUUCUCCGCGAUGGGACCCAUCGAGAGUUGCCGACUGAUGAGAGAUCUAAAGCAGACUGGGUACAGCUACGGCUUUGGUUUCGUAAACUACCUGAACGAGGAAGCGGCACAACGAGCGAUCAAAUGUCUGAAUGGCUAUCCGCUGCGUAACAAGCGUCUAAAGGUUUCGUACGCACGGCCACAGAGCGACGAUAUCAAGGAAACGAAUCUGUACAUCACGAAUUUGCCCCGCACGAUCACCGAGGAGCAGCUGGAUAUCAUAUUCGGCAAGUACGGUACCAUCGUGCAAAAGAAUAUCCUUCGAGAUAAGCUAACGGGUCAGCCGCGUGGAGUAGCCUUCGUACGGUUCAACAAGCGCGAGGAAGCGCAGGAAGCAAUAUCGGCCCUCAAUAAUGUGAUCCCGCAGGGUGGCAAUCAACCACUGAUAGUGCGUGUUGCAGAAGACCAUGGCAGAGCUAAGGCGGCACUCUACGUACCCUCGUACAACUCUAUAGUGCACAAUAACAGAGCGCUACUCCCUCGUCAGAACACAAUGAAAUAUAACGAUCGUUCGAGUGGGCUGUUACGAUCGCAUCAUUCGUUAAUAUUUUACUAACUGUCCAUUCUCGUCGGAACGGCACGUACGAUUUAGUUCGGGCACAGCUAAGCGCAAGGAAUUGUUGCUCGAAUGGUGCGGUAGUGCUGUGCUUCGUUGCUCUACGCUUCUUUCAACGUCGAUAGAAUACCGAUCGGAGGCGUGGGAACAAUUUCAUACUUCCUUUAAGUGUAAUUUUAGGAGCGUCGGUCGGGAGCGUUGCAAACAUUUAGCUCCCUAUCGGAGCGCAAUUGCGAUAGAAAUGGUUGUAAAACGUACAUUUAAUUAAAAUGAAAAGUGCAAAACCUAUGGCAACAUAAACGGAUGGACGGUUUUUGCCGAUGAUCAGGUAUACGGUCGCGAGAGGUGCCAAGGAGUGGCUGGAAAUGAUCGUGUUGUGAUUGUGGCGAACACAAAAAUGAAGACGAAAGAAAGGUUGUUAUAAAGAGGGCGACACCUGAUCGAGACAAAUCGAGCCAAACAGAUUUUAUAAACAAUCCAGUGUUCAAUCGGCUGCGAUCGAUGGUCGAUCCAGAUAGGUGAUUUUCUUUUUGGCUUCUACCAAUACAAAACCAAAAUUGUUAGAUUAUGUUCUGCCUGUUUGGGUGACCAUGUGCUUGCGAUGAUUAUGUUAUCGAAUAUCUUGAACCAACAAUCUUUUUGGAAAUGCGAUCACACAAAGUAUUACUGCAGGUUCUUGUACUUGGCGGCCAUUUGAGAAGAACAAUCCAUGCCAAUUACAAGCUAGCACAAGCAAAAAAAAGCGGUUGGAAAGACUUUCUCAUAGAGGAAUAUCUCAAUGUAAUUCAAAACACACUAUUACUAGACAUACUAACAAACAAAACAGGGUUCUUACUAUUUCUCUUUAAACACAUGUGAUGAUUGCAAUGAACUAGGAGUGCGUGUUAGUGUCAUCAAUCAUUGGAAAUUUGUUUAACAUACAUUUUUUGUGCAUAAACGUACAAAAGCUCCAUUAUUAAAGAUCAUUAUCAAUUUCGCUUUUUAGUAACAAACUGCAAUUGUACAUAUUAAGUUUCCGUGGUUGUAUAACUGGACUGAAACCCUUCGCCAUAUUUAGUUGAAUGCAUUCCUCGGUGUGUGUGUGCGUUUUAGGUUGGUGAUAGUAGCUUUUAGCUAUCAACAGUAUCAAUGUUAAGUACUGCUGCUUUACUUUGGCAUUAAAUGCAAUUCUCCCGCAACAAUGAUGCUGUACAGCGUUGGAGCAUAAUCUGCCAUUUCUAAGCUAUAUAGUUACAAAACCAAAUCAAACUAUACUAGUAGAUGAUCUGUAAAAAAAAAAAGAGUGAACACACCUGCUGCAUAUAAAAGUGUAAAGGGUUGAGAGUCUAACUAUAUAUAAAAAACCGGAAACACGAGAAAACUUUAAAAAAGUAAAUUUGCAUUAGACUUAUAGAGCAAACUAUUUCCUGAAGCUACACAACAAUAAAACAAACGAAGCAAUGAGAGUAGAUCAUAAAGGAAUACAUGCUCCGGGAAUUGAAUCGUUAUGGCGCAUGAAAGCAAAAAAAAAGCAACAACUUGCAUUUACAUACAUUAUGUACCCAUGUAAAGGAAGCAUCCCCAUGCUCGCGUAAAAGAAGGGUAGAGAGUACGAAACAGAAGAAAGAUUUCACGUAAAAGUCGAUAGCAGUAAAUCGAUGCUUUUCAAUUUUCAUUGAGUCUUAUCAUCUUCCUUCACAGAGUAACUCUUUGCUAUGCAAUUAUGUUUGUUCAAUUUCCCCUGCAAAUGAAAAAAGAAUAAGAAAAUCAUAAUACCAAAAAAAGAAGCGAUCGAAUUAUUAUAGAGAUAAAAGUUAAAAAGUGAUACAAUGAUCAUUAAACAAAAAAACGGAAGAAUUAUUAGAACAACAGAGUGUUUGCGGCGUUUACGCACACAAUGGGUGUACAGUGAAAGUGGUGUAGCUCUACCAGAGGAAGAGUCAGUAAGUAGAUCUAUAUUCGGCGACAUUCGUCCUUUGUAUUUUCUCCAAGCAAAACCCUUGCGCUCCUGGUGCCAGUUGCACUCCAGUUGAUAAUCCUUCUCUAUCCAUACCUCAUUAAGAAGUUAAACAAGAACAAAAGAACAAAAAAAAAAGAAAGAAA